UGAAGCUGACAGCUACGAAUGGGGUAAACUGGACAACCGAGAUGGAAGUGAACCGUUUGGACUUUUACAUCGGUCUGUCUCUGGCUGUGAGCUCCAGUCUUUUUAUUGGAGCAAGUUUCAUCCUGAAGAAGAAAGGUCUGCUGCGACUGGCCAGCAAGGGCUCGAUGCGAGCAGGUCAAGGGGGCUAUGCUUACCUGAAAGAAUGGUUGUGGUGGGCUGGCCUUAUUUCAAUGGGAGUUGGAGAGGCUGCUAACUUUGCUGCAUAUGCAUUUGCCCCGGCCACGCUGGUUACCCCCCUCGGAGCUCUGAGUGUUCUUGUCAGUGCUGUGCUCUCCUCGUACUUUCUGAACGAGCGGCUGAAUGUUCACGGGAAGGUCGGUUGCCUGCUUUGCAUCUUGGGCUCUACAGUUAUGGUGGUCCACGCGCCGCAGGAAGAAGAGGUCGCUUCGCUCAGUGCCAUGGCUGAGAAGCUGAAGGACCCAGGUUUUAUAGUGUUUGCUGUGUGCGUGGUGGGAAGCAGCCUGGUUCUAAUCUUUGCUGUGGCUCCGAGGUUCGGACAGAAGAACGUCUUGGUCUACAUCCUUAUCUGUUCCGUGAUUGGCUCCCUCUCUGUGUCUUGUGUCAAGGGCCUGGGAAUUGGCAUUAAGGAGCUGUUUGCUGGGACAGCAGUUCUGAAGGAGCCUCUGUUCUGGUCCUUAGUCAUCUGCUUGGCGGUUUGUGUCAGCGUUCAGAUCAGCUACCUGAACAAAGCUCUCGACAUAUUCAACACCUCCAUUGUCACGCCCAUUUACUACGUCUUCUUCACCACGUCCGUCAUGGCCUGCUCAGCCAUCUUGUUCAAGGAGUGGUUAAGUAUGAGCACAGAUGGAAUAGUGGGGACAAUUAGCGGGUUCCUCACCAUCAUUUUAGGGAUUUUUUUCCUCCAUGCCUUCAAAGACAUUGCAUUUAGUUGGGAUUCCCUCCCUUUUUAUCUGAGAAAGGGCCAUCAAGGUUUGCCUUGUGGCCAGCAGCCUUAUGUGGCUCUUCCAAGCCAUGAUUUGGAAGGAUGA